CCGAAGAUUCAGUCGUCGUGCGGCAGAGGAGGACCGAGGAACGCCCGGUCGAAGCACGCUGCUCUUCUCUCGAUUCGUCUCACUUGCAACCCUCUCUGUUCCUCCGUUGGUCGGUCGGACGCACGCUCGUUGCCUCCCUUCGGUCGGUACGGUGCGUGCUACGGCUACGAGUGAAAACGGAGCUACGAGGACGCUUGCUGGCGUUUCGGUAUAUCCAACGAAACUGUUGCGACCAAUACGGUAAAAUCCCGACAACAACCGGAACAUUCGGAAGAGAAACGAUCGAAACAUCGAAACUCCACGUCACCGCAAUGUACGAAGCUCGAUCCUCUGCGUGAAUUCUACAACCGUACGAACAUCGACGCCGAUUGCCAGGUGGCAAAACUCUUCUUCUCCGUUCCGAUGCAAUUCGAAUCGAUCGACCGCUAAAAAUCCGCUCGCGUUCGAGGUUAUCGUCAUCAAGAGGAAGCUCCGAGCUUUUUUAACGGAUUUAAAUGCUCGACGGGUCCUAGAAGCAAAUAAACCAGCGAAAAAUCAGAACAAGCUCUCCGAGCGGUACAAUAAGAGCUCUGGUUUAUAAUUUCAGCAUCGUGUACUCAAAAACCUUUUGACACGAAGAUACAUCAGUACCAAUUGAGAAAUAAAAGUCGCAAAACAUCGUCGGACGCGAGCGGAUUCCUCUCCGGAAGAUGAAAUUCCAGUCGCGAUCGUGUCGUCUCUACACGAAGAAACGCGCGGACGUGACCGUCCUGACGACGAUGAAUUAGACGGUUCGGCGAACACGAACAUCACGGUAAAAGUUUCAAUGUUUCGUCUCUUUUAUGAGACAUUUCCCGCGAAUGAACGUCUUUCGAGAAAGAAGUACAAUCCCGAUCAGAUCUAGCGAAACGAGUCUCGUUAAAAGAGGCAAACGCGGACCGCACGGUAUCCUUUCUCGAGCAAGAAGAACAGCUUUAACCGUAAGAGCGUCUCGCGAGUAAAACGAGUGGUCGGUGAAUAGAGUCGGUUGGAAUAUACGAUAGACGUCGCGUAAUCUGAAAACCGUUCGGCUGAUUAAAUCGUGGCUAAGCGAACGUAGGUGUCGUUCUAUAGCUGUGACCCGGUAUCCUUUUAGAAACGAACGGAUUCGCCGGCGCAGGAAAAGGAAACGAAGAGUGUACGUGCACGAUGCCAGCCAGAACGACGUCAAAGGGUAGAACGCAGCCAGAAGCGAGCGGAACGUGGUCGAACCGAUACUCGCAACAACACCGUUCGAUUUUACACUUUUAUACGAAACGAGCUACGCCGAUCACCGUUUCCGUGUUGUUUCGACCUGACGGUUGUGCCUUUUGAUUCGUACACGAAAAUAGAGGCGAGUGACCGGUGAACGUCGACUAAAGCGCGCGACCAUUGCCAACAAACGAAACGUCGCCGCUUGCCUCGUCGACGUCGGCAUCAGCGAAUCAACGUUGACGUGAGAACGAUACGGGAAACGGUGGUGAUUCGAGCGGCGUGACUGCGCGUGACGAUCGACGCUCCCAAAUGGAUGGAAAGAGAGUACGCUCGAGUCUUAACCGGCCUGUAAAUAGUCUGUCGUAAUUCUCGUCACGCGGCUCCGAUAUCCCUUAAGCGGUGAUAUCCCCGGUCGGGUUGUUUCGCAAGCGUACGCAGACUUUCUUUCCUUUUCGCGAGCGAAACGAACCGGAGGAAAUAGUGGCGAGCGAAAAACGUGGUGCAGUCUCCAGAUUCCAAUCGGGGAAAAAACGAGAAAGCAGGAAAGGAGAAAGGAUAUAAAAGGAAACGUCCAGGAAGGAGCCUAAUGUUUCUCAACGACAUGGAGCUGCUAAUGUUCUUAGCAGUAACGGCCUCUCUUUUGGGUUAUUGCCAAACAGAUGAAAAAGUGUCAUUUUAUGGUGCGAGCUACAUUCAUCUUCCGGUACAAGAAGCUAAGGGUGCGACUGACAUCAGCUUCCGGUUUCGAACUCAUCUCGCGGACGCUAUGCUGCUAUUGGCCGCUGGCAAGACGGAUUACUGCCUGAUCAAACUCGAAGCCGGCAGAUUGAAGGUUCACAUAAAUUUAGGCGCAGGUGAAAGCGAGAUGGCCAGUGCUCGUGGAUUGACAUUGAACGAUCUGAGCUGGCACGAGGUAAACCUGACGAGACGAGAAGCGAAUAUCACGCUACAGAUUGACGUGAUACACACGACCAAGUCCCUUCUACCAGGACGUUUCUUCGAACUGAAUAUACACUACGGAGUCUUCAUCGGGGGACAGGGUGACUUUAACGAGCUAUUUCUAGGGCACACGGAUUACUUGAGAGGCUGCAUGGCUGACAUAAUCUACAAUGGCGCCAGGGUAAUAGAAUACGCCAAGUCGAGAAAAGGCCAGUCGGAGGCGACUGCCGUUACGUGGAGCUGUUCGCCGGAAUUCGACGCUACAAGAAGCACGGAAGUUAGUUUCGUGGAGGAUGGUGCGUUCACAGCGAUCCCAAGACCUAUUCCACGCUCGGGCUCCAAAUGGGAAUUCGAGUUGAAGACCGGCGCGGAGAGUGGCCUGCUGCUCUACAACACUGGGCAAUCGUCGUACGCCGAUUACCUCGGGAUCGAGUUGUUCGAGGGUAAAAUUCGACUUCUGAUGAACAAAGGGAACGGGCCGACCGAGUUGAUACACGGCACGCCGGUGGCGGACGGCAAGUGGCAUCGGGUGGCCGUUGACUUCAAUCCGAGCGGAAUCGGGAUCACGGUCGACCGUCAAGAAAAAACGAUCACUCUACCCUCCGGUGGAAAUCGCUACCUCGAUCUGGCCGACACCCUCUACAUAGGCGGCACAGAGCUGAAUAAACGCGCCAGAGCGCUCGGCAAAGGCCUCAAAUCCGGCGACGUGAGCUACAAUGGUUGCCUGCGAAAUAUGCUGCUGGAUAACAAGGAGCUCGGUCUGCCGGACGUUAAAAUCAGUCAGGGUAUCGUCGUUGGCUGCGUUUGGGGAUAUCCCUGUAUCGACGCAGAUCCCUGUAUUUCCGAAGCAGUUUGCUCGCAACUAGGUGUCAGCUCUUUUAAGUGCGACUGUGAUCAACCACUGUGCAUCAAAGCAAACUACGCCGAGGAUCACAAGGUUCACUCGAGGGUAAAUUUGCCCGUGAAUUUGGAGAUACUCUCGCUAAGGCCCUUGCUACUAUCCGAAGGGGAACACGCGCUGCUGACGAGCGAUAACAUUGCCAUGGUACUAGACAUUGCUAAAUAUGGGAUGGAAGAGGACGGUGUUAUCUUCAACUUGGUAACCCCGCCCACGUACGGUACCUUGGCCCUGGAUCUUUUAACGACCAGAACCGCGCAUUCCUUCACUCUUCAAGACGUUAAUCGAGAUAAGGUACAAUACAUGCACGAUGGCAGUGAAACCACAGAGGACAGUAUGAUCCUGGAUGUGAGAUUAGUGGCAGGAGCUGGCUACACGUUGCCAGGCUACCUGCGAGGGCGACUUAGGUUUCCACUUCACGUCAACGUUACACCCGUUAAUGAUCCGCCGUUGCUCGAAAUAUCGACCGCGAAAGUGCUACGACUCGCUCAAGGCACGAGGAAAAUCUUGACGAAAGAAUUUAUUUGGGCGAUCGAUGCUGACACGCCGUCAGACAUGUUGGUUUACACGGUCUUACGUACCGACGCGGAUGCUGGCUAUGUGGAAAGAGUGACUUAUCCGUCGCGACCAAUCGACACGUUUACCCAGGCUGAAUUAAUGCAAGGAUUAAUUGCAUACGUACACCGCGGAAACGCGAAACCAAACGCGAAGCUGGAUCUUCGAGUGAGCGACGGAAUAGAAAGCAGCCAACCGGCGAGUUUAAGGGUGGCGGCUCAUCCCCUGGAAAUCAAGUUGAUGCAGAAUACCGGGCUGGUCGUGGUGCAUCGGUCUUACUCCUACCUCACAUCAGCGAAUCUCUCUUUCGUCACCAAUUCCGACGACAACACUAUCGAUAUACGUUACGAUAUCGUCUCGCAGCCACAAUUUGGAACGAUUCAGAAGCUGAAAGACGUCUCGAGUAGCUGGAUGAACGUCGACCGUUUCACCAGCAGGGAUAUCGAGCUACACACGAUACGGUAUCUUCACAACGAGGGCAGCCCGAAUCAAGACGAGUUUAAGUUUCAAGCGAGCGUUAGAGAGGUAACGGCGCAGCACACCUACGACUUUCGAAUCACAUUCAUCGAUCUCGAAUUGAAAGAAACGAAAAGGGUGCCGAUUAACUUCACCAACGUAGCCGAGGUGUCGAUCACCGGGCAAAAUCUGAAGUUCCAAACGAAUCCAUUGACAACCACGCUUAACAAGAUCGCGUUCACCGUGACAACGGGACCAAGGUACGGUAAUCUGUUCCUUUCGAGUCGAAAGCUAGAAACCGGAGACACGUUCACCCAAGAGGACAUCGACUCCGGUAAAUUGAAAUAUCGAUUGUUCAAGAGAGCCUAUUCCACCAUUCUCGAUGAAUUCGCCUUCAAAGUGAGCGCCCCACAGUGCAUCGAUUUGCACUCGAUCUUGAAGUUUAGGCACUACCUCAGCAAGAACGUGAAACCUUUGGACAGCCUGGAAACUCUGAGGGUGGACGAAGGCUCUAGAGUACCUCUAAGAAUACUGCGAACGAAUCCAAGGGAUUACGGAGUUACGUCGCUGAUAUACAACUUGACGAUAGUUCCGCAUCACGGUUGGUUGACCGUCACGAACAGCUCCAAGUCUCACUCACGGAACAACACGUUCUAUUUUACUUCCGAAGAACUUUCAUCCCAAAAAGUCUACUACGUGCACGAUGACUCAGAGACUAGAGAAGACUCGUUCCAGUUCGUCGCUAUCGCCUCGGACGCCGUGGAUUUUAUGUACGUGGGCUUGUUCCGCGUCGAAAUCACAAUGAAGAACGACAACGCUCCGGAGCGAGUGGUUCACAAGGUGUUUCACGUGGUGUCGAAGGGCGAAAGAUUGUUGACGAGCAAAGAUCUCGCGUAUAUAGACAAGGACAUCGACACGAAGCCUAACGAGCUGAUUUACACGAGAAGAGAUACCCAGAAGAAUGGAAUAUACAGGGUGACCAAUCCCACGUCACAGGUACAUGAAUUCAGUCAGCAAGACAUCGACGACAAUCAGAUACUGUUUAAACAUCAGGGCGAUGACCACGGAAAGUUCGAAUUCGGCGUUACCGAUGGGCAUUUUUACACGGCCGGGGUCCUUGAAAUUCAAGCCAGUCCUCCUUACGUGAGGUUGAGAGAGAGCAACGGGUCCGUCGUGCAAUUUAAUCGAUCGGUUGCCCUCCGACCCAACGAGUUGGAUGUUGAAACGAACGUGUAUACCUCCGACAAGGAUAUCAAGUACACGGUGUUGGAGAAACCAAAACACGGGGUACUGUUGAAACACGGUAGAGAAACAAACUCGUUCAACAAAGAGAAUCUGCGUUAUGGUAUAGUCUUGUACAAACAUCUCGGCGGAUCUUUGGCAAAGGACGGUUUUAAGUUCAAAGUGUCGACGAAGGGAGCAGAGGCAGAGGGAAUAUUUCUAAUUAAGAUUUAUCCCGAAAGCUAUUGGCAACCGUUGAUCGUGCAGAAUAAUAAAACUGUGUUCGUGGAAGAGGCCACUAGUAUCUUGUUAAGCAAAAAGAGCUUGGAAAUUAUGCAUCCCAAGAUAGCGGAUUCCGAAAUAAUUUAUUAUUUGAAAGAGUGGCCACAGAACGGGUAUCUGGAGCUACAGAUUCACGACGAGCACAGCGACGAGACACGAGAAGAUUAUAUCGGAAAUGCGGUGAAGUUUUUCGACCAAAGUAUGAUAAACGAGGGUCGCGUGUUCUACGUACAAUCCGUGAUGAAUCAAACGAACGACAAAUUUGUCGUCGAUGUAACGAACGGAAUAACUUGGCUGCGCGAUCUAAGCGUGAACUUCGUGAUCGUCCCGGAGAAGCUGUACGUCGAAACGAAGGGUGUCGUCGUGAUCGAGGGAAAGUGCACCAUUCUCGAUGAAACGAACUUCUCCAUCCUCACUCCUUACUAUUCCGGCAAAGUAACGGAUUAUCGAAUUCUAGAAAAACCGAAACACGGUGCGAUUCUGGAAUCAACCAAGAAUUCUCAGGUGAAAAAGUUCUCGCAGAAACACCUAACCGGAGGAAUAAUAUUAUACAAACACAACGGCGAUGAAUCUUCCAGAGAUUCGUUCAAGAUGGUACUCGUUGCCGGUGAUAAAACCAGCGAACCCUUCGACGUCUGGGUCACGGUGCAACCCGUUAACGACGAAGUGCCUGUGCUCGUCAACAGAACUAAAUUAACGGUUUGGCAAGGUGGUUCGAUCGCGUUAACGCCUGAUAAAUUAGCCGCUGUUGAUAACGAUACCACGGCACGUGAUAUAACGUUCAACAUAAGCGGAGUCAGGAACGGAUUAAUCUCGUUAAAAUCCUCUCCGGAGCUGGAUCUUUACAAUUUCACACAGCAACAGAUCGAUGAGUCGAAAAUCAUUUUUACCCAUACGAAUGGAUCCGACGCUGAGUUCAAUUUCGUGCUUUACGACGGAGUACACACCACGGAAUCUUAUACGAUACUGAUAGCAACUAAACCAGUUCGACUGACUAUCGAGCAGAACGCCGCACUCAAUGUUUUUCCACUGACCAGAAAAAUGUUAUCGAACAAACUACUGUUGACGAAAUGCUCGGAUGAAACGCGAGAAAUAAAAUACACGGUGCGAAAUGGACCGCAUCUCGGCAAGAUUAUCAUGGAGACGAGCGAGGGCGCGUGGUUGAACGUCGAGCGGUUCACGCAAAGAGACAUCAACAACAGCAAAGUUUUCUACGAACAUACUAAACAAUUUAUGGACUUGACCGCCAAUGAUUCGUUUACGUUCGACGUGGAAGCACACUUUGCGGAAUCCUUAACUAAUCAGAUGUUUCAAAUAGAUAUCUCAGUCUCCAGUGGCGGAUUAGACAGAUACGUAUCCGUGAAGAACGUAAGAGUGGAAGAAGGUGGUUCGGCUCAAGUCAUCAUGAACAUCAGCGGAAUCGUGUCGUUUCUUCAAACUCACGCUGGUAUCGAGAAUCCAGCGGUGCUCUCGAGACUAGUCAGUCAACCUAGCCACGGCCAUGUGAUGAUUCUUCCAGAUUUAAAUGUCACCACUUUCUCCCAGCCACAAAUCGAAGGUGGAAAAAUCGCUUAUUAUCACGAUCAUUCGGAUACGUUGGAAGAUCGCAUCAAUUUUUCUCUUUACCUGACCCCUGGUCACAUCCUGCUGUGCAACACCAGCAUUCCGGUAAUAAUCGAACCGGUAAACGACGAACCGUUCAAAUUGAUCACGAACGCGCCAUCCAUUACAGUGGUGCAAAAUCAAAAUCAAACGAUAACUAGGGAGAACUUGUUGACAACCGAUCCAGACACUCCGCCAGAGGAAAUCGCAUACGACGUGAUAUCUAGGCCAACGUACGGUCGUCUGUUGCUUCUACCAUUCAACGAAAAUAUUUCGGAAGUUCGUCAAGUGAACAAAUUCACUCAGCACGAUGUCGACUCCAAUCGACUGGUAUACGAGCACAAUGGUCCGCUUCAAGCGGCUUCCUUUUACUUCAGGGUGUGGGAUGGACGUUUCAAUCCAACGUAUACGGUGUUCAACGUGUACGUUUUACCCAUCAAACUGAACGUUACCGUUCCCGGUCCUGUGAACCUUCAACAAGGCUCGAACGUAGCCCUAAUCUCCGAGAGCAACGUAAAGCUCGAUACUAACGCGAGACAAGACUUGGUCAUUUACGAAGUAACGGCGAUUCCAAAGUACGGGGUGUUGUACGUACGCGACGGUGCGGCGGCUAGCUUUAAGCAAACAGACUUGCUGUCGAAAAGCGUCAUGUUCAUGCAAACGGACAUGACCGUGUCGAACGACAGUCUCGAACUGACCGCACGACUGAGCGGAUUUGAACAGAAACGCAUAAGAAUUGAAAUAAAGAUAGUACCCUUGAUGAUUAUGAACCCUAUGAUCGCUCUGGCAGGCGAAAAGACCAGGAUAACGUUGCAAUAUAUGGACGCCACACCGUUAGCGAAGCUAACGAGCAGUAAUCCCAUAUAUACGAUCAUGAAAAAGCCGAAAUUUGGUAAAAUAAAGAGAAUCAUCAGAAGUUCUUCGUCUUCCGGCGAGAAACGUGGAACUCGAGAAAAAGAAGUGACUAAAUUCUCACACCAGGAAGUGAUGUCAGGUGUGAUUUACAUGGUUUGUAGAAAAAUUCCAACGAUGGAGUACGAGGGAGUAAUCGAUAGCUUCGUGUUCAUCUUAGCGGCCUCUAUCUUUCAACCAGCCGUAGGUGAGUUCGAGUUUCGCGUGAAACUCGACAUGGACGACUAUAAUAUGACGCUUGGUGGCCCGAUGGAUCCGGUGGGUCACGAAGGUGAAAUGGCGAUCGCACCCAAUAUGAGCAACGACUACCUGUUAAUCCUAGGAAUGCUCCUUGGCGUAUUUUUGCUCGGUGUAGUGGUGAUCAUUACCAUCAGGUGUAGACAUAACAAAUACAAACAUGCCGAAGAAGAAAAACCAGAACCAACUCCAGCGGUGGGUGUAAUGCCCCUUCCAAGACCUCCAGAUCAUUUAAUGCCUGUGACACCUCACGUGAAGCGUUACGCCAACGAUCACAAUAGCGUUGCAGCCAGUACACCGUUACCGGUUCUACCGACGAUGACGUCGACCUUACCUCAGUGCAAGGUGAUACCUCUGAGUCCGUUGGAAAGUAUCACAGGAUCCGAAGUGGACGUUUCAGCGAAAUAUCCGUACGGUGUCGCGGAUGGGGACGAAUGGAGCAGCUUCGACACGUCCGAUCUACCCUGUCAAUCGGCCACCACGCAGAGGACCAACAACCCCUUGUUAAGAAGAAAUCAAUAUUGGGUCUAGCAAAAGGAGGGCUGUUCGCGAUUAAAGCGAAACAGGCCGUAACACUUUCUCAAACCAGAAGACUGUUUUUGUUACAAAACCUUGAGACUAAUCGUCGAUUAACUAUGGUCUUAAUGUGCCUAAAGAUAAUAAUUGACUCUGCGAGAUGGGAGUAUUACCGAAAGCCUCGAUUUUAUACCAAAAUCUUGACGGAAACUCUUUUCCCGACACGCUCAUGCGUAAUCGAAGCCUCGAUAAGAACACGUACUCGAUUACGUUGUUAUCAGUUAACGGUUAUUCAUACUCCGUAAAUAUUAAAAUUGUAAGUACAUUGUCGUUAACAAUAUGUCGAGCAUCAGAGUUUCCAUCAACUUUUUCGUUUUUUUUUUUUUUUUUUUUUUUUUUACAUCAUAGUCUCCAACAAGAACGCUAAGUAUACAUAUAAUCGAAUACUUAGUGAAAGAAUACGUUUUUGCGUGGUCUGCACGUAAAAUGUUUUGCGAUGUAUCUUGUUAGUACUGCAAAAAAGUCCUUGCAAUUCCGGAUGAGGUGAAUUCGUUAAAUCUAAAAGAACCCAAGACUAUCAUCGCUAUUAUGGAUCGAAUGUGCCUAAGAUAUUAUCGAUUCUUGUAAGAAUUUUUCCACGAGGCCUGCACGAUGUCGAUUUCGCUGUCUUUCCCCGGUUGGAUGUCCAAGUUCAAAACGAUGCUCUUUAAUUCAAUCGAGAUCGUUUUCGAAGCUCGUCUGCUCUCAGCCAAAUCUACGUCACUCGGGAUACUUCUCCUUCGAUGCUUCACGGUGACACAUUUCUUCGUCAAUACAAAAUUAUUGUUUCUUUGUGAAAACUAAAAAGAAAACCGUCACUGUUACAUACACUCAAUAAAAUAUCGAGGGUAAAUGUCAUGGAAAUAUUAACUCGAGAACACCGGGAGUACUUAGAGGUAUUAUCAGACGCGAAACAUUAUACAUAUGUAUUUACUUGAAAAAGUUUUGUAAAAAAAAAGACUACAAAACCGACUGCGUAUUUCCGAUUUAUAUACACAUAUGACGAAUAUAUAAAAGUAUUCGCGACUUUUCUAAAAAAAUAUGCACAUUCAAAGCAUGCAGUACAACCAGAAACGCUCGAGUUUUCGCACAUAUCUUUUUACACGAUUCCCGCGAUUUCUACUAUUCCACAUCGUACAACGUCGAAUUUUUUAAUUGUCAUUAUAUCACUUGAGGUCGCCCUCGUUUCUUUCCGAUACACCAUCUUACCUUUCGAGCAAAAUCUUCCUAUAUAUGUACAUAUAGAAACAAAAAGAUUCGCAAUUUCUAUUACCAAAUUGAAAUUCGGAAACAAAAGAUAACUCGAAAAAUAUGUAUAAAACAUCUUUUUCUAUCCCUACAAAAAUAAUGAUAUCAUUUUCUUUACACCUACCAAGAUUUAUCUCGUCGACGUCGUGAAGGUUAAGUUCAUUGAAACUUGUCGAUCGAACAUGAAUCCUCUUAUGUGAAUAUUCUAUGACGUUGAAAAAUUUAUCGUGAAUCAAUUUUCCAACAGCAACGACAAAUUUUAUUGUACCGUAUUCGUAAAUUAUCGACCGGCGUACAGAACGCACAACAAUGAAAGAUACACACAUUUUCUUCAGUAUUAUAAUAAAUUAAUAUAUCGCUCGAUCAAUCGAUAUCAACUUGUUGAUUCGCGCGCUCGCCGAUUUUUCGACAGAUAUUUAAACGUUAUGUCUCUUAGGGCUGCGCAAACUCACAGUGACCUUAACCACGAUUUCUAUAAAAACCCUAGGAAACGUAUGAUUAAGAAAAUGCUCUAACGUCGAUGUUAAUAUAGUGAUAAUGAUAAUAAUAACGAUAAUUAUUAUUAUUAUUAUAUAUAAAUAUAUGAAAUAUAUACACUCCUACAUAGAAGACACUGUUUCACAAAUUCGCAGCAUAUGCAUUAAUAUGAUAGUUCCAAUCGUGUGGCAAAGAGAGAUAAGAAAACGUUUUUAACAGAGAUACGUGUGUUGAUUAAUGAAUAUGCUAGAAACGAACAGUUAGGCUUUUUUACAUCCCCAAAAUGAAUCGAUCCGAGUGCCAAACUUCUAUAUUAUGUAAUAUAUAGUUAUAUAGGACUGUAUUUUCCCUGCCGACUGAAUGCAUUACUCUUGUAAUUCAAAUAAACUGAAUGUGCGAUGUUAUAUAAAA